GGGAAGGCGCGGUGGCGCCAGCGCGGUUGGGUGAGAGGCCUCCGCGGGACUUGCCUCGGUACUGGGGCUUUGAAAGGGUGCUGAAGAUGAGACAGAAAGAAGUAUUGACCAAAACCUUCCAAGCCCCUGCUGUUGUUUGUAGUUCUUCAAAUAGUCACAUUUACAUGUUUAAAAAUGAUAAUUCAGACUCAGAUGAACUGUCUGAAGAAGAACUAAAUGUGGAAUUGAGACCAAGGGGAAAGGAACGACAAAAGAGUACUGGAAGAGAGAGAGUAGGGGAUGUGGUGUUACUAGAACGAGAGCUCACAGAAGAUGAUAACCUUAACAAACUUGCUCUUCAAUAUGGUUGUAAAGUUGCAGACAUCAAGAAAGUAAACAAUUUUAUCAGAGAACAAGACUUAUAUGCUUUAAAAUCUAUAAAGAUUCCAGUGAAGAAUUAUGGCAUCUUAACAGAGACAAACAAGGAAUUAAAGCCCCUCCAAACUACAUCUUCUGAUUCUAGAUUGACGUUUGUUGAGUUUCCAGACUCGGAUAAUGGAGCUGCAGAGAGUGCAAAAUCCAGCCAACUGACAGAUUUUUUUAAGGGGAUUGAUCAAGAUAUUGAGAGUGCAGUACAAUCAGAAAUCUAUUUAAAUCAAGAUUAUUGCAUGGAAACCCCAAACCAGCCUUUGCUUCCAAUUAGUCAGAAGACUCUAAUGAAUGGUGCAGACUGUGGAAUUCAGUGGUGGAAUGCUGUUUUUAUCAUGCUUCUAAUUGGAAUUAUUUUACCAGUGUUUUAUGUGGUCUAUUUUAAAAUACAAGGCACUGGGGAAACCACUAGUAGCUUGAAUACAACUGUAGGCCCCAAUGGUGCAGUAUCAACCAGUUCAAUUCCAGGCAAAGCCCCAGAGCUGGAGAUUCCAUUGAAGACCACAGCUUCUUCAGACAAUUUCAGACAAACAAUAAGCUAAGCAUAUUUCUUCUUUAGAAAGCAAUGAAUCUGGAUCUCAACUCUAGUAACUGGGUUCUCAUUGGGCAUGUGUUGAUAACUUCAUAUAGGUAAACAAAAUAAGUUUUCAGAUUCAUAAUGGAGAACUAUGGCCAUUUACUUGGGUUUUGCAAAAGAGGCCAAGACAAAUUAUCUGGCCACAUUUAUCUUUGUCUCAGGUGUAGUCAUAUAUAUGAAGCCACCUUUUUCAAGCACCUUAUUCCUUAGAAAAUUAAGUUUAAUGAAUUCUUUUAGAAAUUGGGUCGAAGCUAAAUUAACCUAUAUGGAGUGCCAUUUUAGUAUAUAGUAUUUAAAUACUUUCUGAGUGUGUCCUCCCCCCACCCCGAAAGUUUUCCCCCUUAAUUGCAAAAAGAAAAAAUUGGCAAAUACUGAAGAGGAUUGUAUAGUGAAGUAGAACUGGCUGCAAGUUCUACUUCUAUUCAAAAUGGGUAUUUUUAGUGUUAAAUGCUAAUAAUUAUUAAUCUUGGAUAGUAUUAAGGCCCAUUUGUGUUGGUCAUCCUUGAUAACAGAAUGAGUGACAACAGCAUGUUGCUGGAGCAAGAAACUGCUUAUGCCAUCUGUGUGGAUAUAAGUAAUAUGGAGGCGUUUGUGGUAGUAAUCCAUUUGAGUUAUGUGGUUUCUCAUUCUAAAUUUACUAGCUUUUCUUUUGAGAACCAUGGCUGAUUUCAUUCUUGUACCAAUUCCGUCUAGUUGGUCACUGUCUUGAGAACUGAUUGCAGUUUGGUAUUUGGGGGUCUGAAAAUCUUAAGGAUUAGUUAUUUGUGUCUAUAGUAUCUAAUGACUUAUGAUGGUAAAUUUAAUACAUGUAAAGAGCCAAGCAUUUGGGGGAUUUUGUAAUUAAUAAUAUUAAUACUUUGGCAAAGGGGCUACCAUAGAGUAGCCCCAAUAUUUGAUCCACUUUUAAAGAUAGAAAAAAAACAAAAUUGAGGCAUUUAAUUCACCCUUGCUUAAUUACUUGUUUUUUGACACUUCUCAUUUAUAUGUGUAUUUUAAAAUUAUAAAGCUAAACUCCUUCAAACCUAUUUUUUUCAUAUUUGAAGACUUUUUUUACUUGUAUGUUCAAAUACAUUUAAAAUAGCAUUUUCCUAACCCCACCACAAUGUCAGAAAUCUCAUAUUCUCUUCCUGAUAAUGUUAUCUAGCACUGGGUUAUACCUCUGUAUUAACUCAGUUUCAUCCAAGAGUUGGCUCUAGAAGUUGAAGUAGCUUCUGAUUACACAUUUUCAUAAUGUUGGUAAAAUUACAUAAUUAAGUUUGAAAACCAUUUUGCUAUCUAGAUGAUUGAGGGAUAGGGAGUAUUGACAAAAAAAAAAAUCUCCCUUGUAAAGUUCCAGCAAGGAUACAGUUGGUGUUGCCCCUAUUCUGUGGCUUUUGAAAGUAGUGAAUCAGAUACUAAACUAAGAUCCUGUAGCCAUGUUUAGGGCAGCUGUCCAUACAAAUAAAGGAGAGUGAGAAAAUUUAACUCCUUUCAUUAACCCCUUUUUAACAUGCAUUCCUAUGGGAAAUGCAUUGUUCAGUCCUGUAAAUGUUGAGUUGGACUAAUACAUUUUCAAAUAAAUGAAGCUAGUAUAACCCUAAGUAAAUAUUAAAAAUUCAAACCUUCAUUAUAACCACUGCUAUUAAAAAGACAUUGAAAGAAAGUGUCAUUUAAGGUUUAUGUAGGGAUAAAGGCAAUCUCUAUUCUCUCCUUGUAAAUUUGAAAUUUUGACCUGUACUUAAUGUACCUUCCCUUUCCUUUUCUUGUCACACAUCCACCUAUCCUACUAUUAGUGUUGGAUGUUUGGGCUAUGACUGCUUCUCCUUUUUCCUGCCUUGUGCCAUGGGUGGUACUGAGUACAAUAGACUAAGUGCUUUGCAUCAGAGACUGGAGGUUUGGAGCAGCGGUGAGAGUAUAGAACUUCACAGGUGUAGAUGUUGUGGUUAGUAUUAUUACUGCCAUGCCCAGCAUGUAUUGAUCCUAUUGGGUAGAAUAAAAAAAAAUCUUAAAGUUCAGUCCAUAUUAUGUAAAGGCAAAACAACCCAAAAUAUUGCCCAUUUGUAUUAGUUUGAUAUCUUUGAGUAUGUUGGUGUAUCUUUUUUUAGUUUACUAGCUUUAGAAAGAUUAUAGCUCUUUUGACCUUUGAAAAGGUGUCCUUGUUAUCUUAGAUGAGAUAUACUCAAUAUGAGAAUGACUGAGAUUCCCUUUAUCCUUUUUUGUUUGAUGGAUUCCUGUGGGAAUACAGUGAUAACCCCAUUUUCCUAUGGCAAGUUAAAACUGUAUUUGAGAAAUUAAAUGUGCUUUCAUUUGGUGAAAUUUUUUUCAAGGUAAAAUGAAGACACAAAACUGCUAUAGUAAAUGGUUUUAUUUUAUUUAACUAUAUAGCCAAAUAUUUUAGCAUGCUAUACCAACAAGAUAUAAUUUUUUUUUAGCUUUCUGUAAUGCUUGUCCUUAUGAAGCACAUUAGGAAGGGUUUAAAGUCCUUCAAGGAAUCCACUUUUGCCAAGUAAAGACUGAUCUUUGCUUUGACUUUCACAAAUGGCAUACCAUGACUUCUUCUAUGAAGGAAAGUUGAUUGAGUCUCUUCACCACAUUGGCCUCACCCUCCUUUUGUAAAGGUUGAAACUUCAAAUUGAAAAAGUCACUAAAACACACAAAAAAUGAUGGAAAAGAUUAAGAUUUUGGUGUUGCAUCUCUAGAGGUAUCUGUCUUUAAACUUCUUCCAUUUGUGAGAUGUUUGGCAUAUUAAAUGCAUAUAAACAGGGUAACCUUCAGGACCUUGGUUUUCUUUUCCUAGUUGCUUGUGCCUUAUAGGGGUAUUUAAAUACUUGGCAAAGUAUGGAUAAAAUUCUCUUAUUAGGUACCAGUAGUGUAUGAAAUAUUAUGAACUCAUUUUCUACCCAAGAAUAUCUAUUUUUGUGCUAGUGAUAUUAAAUUUUCAGUGCCUUCAGAAACUUUACUUUAGAGUAAUAAUUUUUAAACAUUUUUCAUAGCAUCUAUGAUUAAGGAAUUCCAGUGCUCUUACUUUAUGUAAAAUUAAUUAAUCAUCAGCCCUGUCGGGAAGAUAUUAUUCCUCUUUAAUAGAUGGAGAAACAGCACAAGACCUAAGGUCACACUGUGUAGCCCAUAGCAAAGCUGAGAACCAAGACUUGACGCUUAGGUCUGUUACCACCCAAUCCAGAAACCAUACUACCUCAGAGAGAAGGUAUUUUUCUGAAAUAAUUUUGCACUUUAUUGUGUUGUAAAGAUUGCUCCUGUUUGAAUAAAACACAAUGGCUGCUUUUAAAA